AACGCGAAGGUGGAGAAGAAGACGUGAAUUGCGUGCUCUCAUUUGACCGUAAAGCAAAUUUUCAUGAUUCUAAGAGCAAACAUAUUUCCUCAAUUGAUCUACACUUAGAUAACGGGAUUCACCAGCUCCGGAUAUGUCCUUCAUAUUUGAUUGGAUUUAUAGUGGUUUCAGUAGCGUAUUGCAGUUUCUAGGACUGUACAAGAAAUCGGGCAAGUUAGUAUUUCUUGGACUGGACAAUGCUGGCAAGACGACGCUACUGCACAUGCUCAAAGAUGACAGAUUGGGACAGCAUGUGCCAACUUUACAUCCAACCUCGGAAGAACUGACAAUCGCUGGCAUGACCUUCACCACCUUUGACCUUGGAGGCCAUGCACAAGCCCGCAGAGUGUGGAAAAACUACCUCCCCGCCAUCAACGGCAUCGUCUUCCUUGUGGAUUGCAUCGACAUCCCUAGAUUGCCAGAGUCCAAAACAGAACUUGAUGCUCUAAUGACAGAUGAGACCAUUGGAAACGUGCCUAUCCUGGUCCUCGGCAACAAGAUUGACAAAACAGAAGCCGUCAGUGAGGAGAAACUACGUGAGAUGUUUGGAUUAUAUGGUCAGACAACAGGCAAGGGCAACAUUCCCAUGAAGGAGCUGAACACGAGACCACUGGAGGUGUUCAUGUGCAGCGUGCUGAAGAGGCAGGGUUACGGCGAGGGCUUCCGCUGGCUCUCCCAGUACAUUGACUAGAGCCCCGGCACCAGGAGGUGCUACAGGGAGACACCCCACUUCUACCGCCACCAUACUCAGUCCCAUGUUUGGUUUAUAAAGUCUGCCUCCGCCACCAGAAAAAAACAGUACAACUUGAACCCAAGACUUUUAUUGGUCUCCAGAACACUUUUUUGGGGUUACACUGUCUCUUUUUUUCCCAAGAGAAUUAACAUAGCAUUGGUUCUGCAGAAGUGUUAAAAAAAAAUUCAAGCGGAUUAAUCUUUUCUAUUUUGUUUCCAUCUAUUCGUGUGACAAAUGCAGUAUAUAAUUGUAAAUCUGUAAAUUAAUCUAAUCUGCCACCUUCCAACACAUUUUGAGCAGUGAGACAGCUGAUUAGUUGUACACAUCGCUACACUUUUUUAACAGGAAAGGCAACAUACAGACAUGACUCGUGUUUAGUUUCAUUAAUGUCUUUUCUUCAUCCUAUAUUUUUUACAUAGUAAGAAGUGUGGCCAAGUAGACAGCAGCACUCACCUUAAAGAAAACACUUCCGUCUCUCUGGCUGUGUCAUUUUCUUAUAAUAAACCGAGCCCUGCAUUGAUCUACAUU